ACCUCCAGACAUCCCGGAUAUGGUUACAUUGAAAUGAUUCCCUUUAGCGCACAUCCUAGAGAGGCUCAUUUGGAUAUUUGUUGACCUUAUUCGGUUUAAAAUAAUAAAUCUUCAGUGGAGAUUUCACGUGUAAAAUCAUGAGCAGCUUCAGAUUAAUGCUGACGCUGUGCAGUUACAGCCGCAGGAUCAUUCGAAUAAAUACACAAACACUGAUUCCAACAAGGACUUUUUUCAACAGGCCACAAAAGAACCUCCUUAAACAUGAGCAGGUUAAAUUUGCAACCAAGCAUCAGCAGUUUAAAUCCACUGUUGUCCAGAAAGAACAGAGUGAGGAUUCUAUAAUCAAAUGGAUUCUGCUGUUGAUCCCCAUCACCACAUUUGGCCUUGGAACCUGGCAGGUAAAACGGAGGCAGUGGAAGCUGAAACUGAUCCAAGACCUUCAUAUGUUGACAACUGCAGAUCCAGUCCCACUGCCCGCAGAUCCUGCAGAGUUAAAUGAUUUGGAGUACCGGCGCGUGAAGGUCCGUGGUCGGUUCGAUCACUCUCGGGAGUUGUACAUCCUGCCACGUUCACUAGUGGAUCCUGAGAGAGAAGCUAGAGAGGCAGGCAGACUGUCAUCCAGUGCAGAAAGUGGAGCUAACGUCAUCACCCCGUUCCAUUGUACUGAUCUAGGGUUUACCAUCUUGGUGAACAGAGGCUACGUACCUAAAAAUAAAAUUAGACCUGAAACAAGGACGAAGGGCCAGGUGAUGGAUGAAGUGGACCUUGUGGGUGUGGUGCGUUUGACCGAACAGCGCAAACCGUUUGUCCCUCAGAACAACGUGGAGGCAAACCGAUGGCACUACCGUGAUUUGGAGGCCAUGGCGAAGGCAACUAAUGCUGAGGAGAUCUUGAUCGAUGCUGUUUUGGAAAGUACAAUACCGGGAGGACCAAUAGGAGGCCAGACAAGAGUAACACUGCGCAAUGAACACAUGCAGUACAUUAUUACAUGGUAUGGACUCUGUGCUGUUACUUCCUACAUGUGGUAUGCAAAGUUCAUCAAGCGUCUUGCCCUAUGACUCUAAUCAAAGUUUGUACAGAACAUGGUGUUAAAGCAUUGAAAUAUUUGUCGAAUCACAAAUCAAGUAAUGAAUUGGAAUUUUAUUUUAAGCCUGACUGCAACCAUUUUCUUUUUUUUGUACAUUAAAAUCUUUGUUCUCUGAAUCAUUAA